UGUUGACCCGCAUAUUGAAACAAAGUAUCUUUGCUCUGUGACAACACUCUGUCCACUUAUAUGUCGAUGUGGCUGUUGAGUGGUGGCAGGGCUGGCAAUCAUCGAUUCUGAGACCAGUUAUGUGCUCAGGAACUGAGCAACUGAUUUCAAUAACACUACCGAUAGCGAACUUGAACCACUCUCAUCACUUAGCAUCGCAGUCUGGUCGCAAGACUUGAUGUCUCCGAGGAAUAGCGUCUGCACAGGGCAGCGUACCCCGACUCUUCCUCAGGAGCUCUGCGAAGCGGUCAUUGACUUCGCGUGGGAGGACUCUUCUACGUUGAAGACAUGUAGUCUUGUAUCGCGUGCAUGGCUACCGACAUCCCGCAUGCACAAAUUCUCGUUUGCCAGAUUUGGCGAACACGGGGACAUUAUCUCUUUCCAGGCGAUAAUUUCUUCGCCACUAUUGGAUUCAUACCGUAUACCUUGCCUUGUGCGUGAUCUCUGCUUGGGCAAAGAGGAGGAGGAAGAGAUCGUGGAUAGCCAGCCGUCGGUGCUGCAUGACGCGGAGCUACUCAGCCUGCUCGAGAAGUUUACCACGGUGCAGACGUUGCGACUGAACUACGUCUGCUGGUCACUAUACACUGUCUUGCCUGCAGUAUCGGACGCCGUCACAGUAAUCGCGAGUCAGGUGGCCUGCCUUCAUCUGCACUGGUCCGAUUCCGACGAUAGUGAAGACUUGGUCCAUAUACUCUCUUCAUCGCCUCGAAGGUCUUCCGUCUACUUCACUAGUUAUACUUUACAAGAUAGCAACCUUCCGUGGCCUAGGCUCACGAGGGAACCCAUCAACCCGACGAUCAGCAUCGGCAGGAUGGUAGCCCAUUGGGACUCUUACAUCAGGUUCUACUCAGCGAUGCUCAAAACAUAUGCACUCCGCUGGCCGUUUGCGGCUACCAUCGAACGACUCACUCUGACCGAAGACGCACUUGGACAUCCUUUGUUCGAUCGGCCGCCGUAUUCCAUUGAGCUGGAACAGGAGUUGUCAUGGAGGGAAAGUGAGAUGUCUGUGCUGAGGUUUGGUGCCCGCAGCUCUGGACGAGAUGACAAGGGCUUCACUGCUACCACUCUAAACAUCCGGUCCAUAGAGAUCAACGCCCCUACGAUACUGCGGUCUAAGACCAUCUUCUCGAAGUCCUUGACGAAGCUGUUGGAAUGGAGAGCGCUGCUCACGCCCCGUAUGCGCUUCAUUCUAGACGGGUCCGAACCCGAGAGCGCUGUUCCGGAGCAGUGCGCCGGACUGGACCAUACCCUCGCUGGUCUGGCAGCCGAAGACCACGACAUGGGGAUCUCCUUCGACGUGCAAUGUACCCCUGAACGUCUCGCGAACUGGAUCGCGGCCAUCUCGGCUUGCUUCCCUACCCUCGUCGCUUGCGGAACGCGCGUCGAGAUGGUCUGCAGUACCACGAGAGAUUGUCCAAAAGGCGAUCGGCGUCCCGUCGCCGAGCAUAGGUGGUCGUAGCGUAUCGCGCUGAGAGUUCCUGCAUGUCUGUCGUCGCGUUGUUCACGCUUGCACUCAUGUCUUCACUGUUUUGGAUCUCCUUCCAUCUUCUCGCCGACGUUGCUCGAACGUUGCAUCGACAGUGCAUCGUCUCCUGCUCAGGAGUUCCUUCCAUUUGUACGUGGCCACGAUAGUUUUAUCGCCACAUUACUACUGUACACACAAGC